CGAUGCGAUGCUCCAAAUAUGUCGGAUGUUAAUGGCGACCGGCAGAAGCUUGUAGCGACGUGCGUUCUAAACACCUAAUUUUAGUGUAACGAAGUGUUUUUCGGGCCCUUUAAAACGUAUUCUUUUUAACUGUCCAAGCUAAAAGGUAUAGCUGCUGUCAUGUCCGAUUCCAGUGAUUUGGAUCGGCAGAUCGAACAAUUAAAGAAAUGUGAAAUUAUUAAGGAAGCAGAAGUAAAAGCCCUUUGUGCAAAGGCUCGUGAGAUUCUUAUCGAAGAGAGUAAUGUCCAGCGGGUUGAUUCUCCUGUUACAGUAUGUGGAGACAUUCAUGGUCAGUUUUAUGAUCUGAAAGAGUUAUUUAAAGUUGGUGGUGACGUCCCAGAGACGAAUUAUUUAUUCAUGGGAGAUUUCGUUGAUAGAGGAUUUUAUAGCGUUGAGACUUUCCUCCUUCUUCUUGCGCUUAAGGUUCGUUACCCUGACAGAAUUACCCUAAUACGAGGGAAUCACGAAUCACGACAAAUCACACAAGUUUACGGUUUCUAUGAUGAAUGUCUACGCAAAUAUGGUAGUAUCACGGUUUGGCGCUAUUGCACUGAGAUCUUUGAUUACUUAUCACUAUCGGCCAUUGUCGAUGGAAAAAUCUUUUGCGUUCAUGGAGGACUCUCGCCCAGCAUCCAAACGUUGGACCAAAUUAGGACUCUCGACAGGAAACAAGAAGUACCUCACGACGGCCCAAUGUGCGAUUUAUUGUGGUCUGACCCAGAAGACACCCAAGGAUGGGGCGUGUCACCCAGGGGUGCUGGGUACUUAUUUGGUAGUGAUGUUGUAGCACAAUUUAAUUCUGCAAAUGACAUCGAUAUGAUAUGUAGAGCACAUCAAUUGGUUAUGGAAGGUUACAAGUGGCAUUUCAAUGAAACUGUACUGACGGUUUGGUCGGCCCCCAAUUACUGUUACAGGUGCGGUAACGUAGCAGCCAUAUUAGAACUAAAUGAACAUCUGCAAAGGGACUUUACGAUAUUCGAAGCAGCGCCUCAGGAAAGUAGAGGUAUCCCCAGUAAAAAGCCACAAGCGGAUUACUUUCUGUAAGACUAAAUAAUCGGGUUCUGUUAAAUUUGACACUCAACUCCUCGACACGUAACUGAAAGCUUUCAUGAAAUCCGCUGAAGACUCCAGGUACUGGAGAGUAUCAUCUUACGAUUACUGCACAAUCUCAUUGUUUCAUAUCGUUUUAUACGGCCACUAGCUUUCGAUGGAAAGAAUGUAAAUUAUUUCGUAACCGAAUUAAUAUCUACUCAUUCCUCUAUAAUAUCGAUGAAAAUCAUUUUAUUGCAUCUUCAAUAAGCGGUAUAUUAAAAGUAAAGAAAUUUGCCGUCCCAGUCAUGAAGUCCCACAUCAACUUAAUAGAUAGUGCAUGGUAUGUUCCAUUUUUGAAAUAUAUUUGAACGCAAAAAGAUGGUACUUAGCCAUACUAAAAUAACUUGUGCUGGGAUUCACUAAUAUGUAAGACGCAUUAUUGAUAUAGUGAAUUAUUGAAAUAACGAAUAUCCUAAUGAUAAUUUGUACCUAAGAAAUUGACGUAUUGUAAAUUCAACUUCAAUACCAUUACAAUGUGUUUGUACGAAGGCAUUUGAGUAGGAAAACCAGGUUAUAUUUUAUUGAAAGAUCAAAUUCUGUCUUAUUUUUUUUUUUUGUUUAUUUCAUACAUAAUAGAUUUCCAUGUAAGUAUAACGCAAUGUUUACAGAAUCUUUUACCUUUCUAUUUGAAACUUGCAAGUGACGCAAUCAUCAUUGACUGCGUAGCAAAACUUCUAUUGAUCAUCGAUUUUAGAACAUCUAGCACGAAUAUACCAAAUCGAAUAUUAUCAAUUAACGACCAAUCAUCUAAUUAGUAUGCAAGAAAGGAAAAGAUUUUGCAGCUAAGAUCUCAUGAACGCACUUAGGAUCGGUCGACGUCCACUUUGAUCUUUGUCGCUUGCUAGCUGUAUAUUCUACGAAUCGCUUAAUAAAUCAUUAUAUUUCCAAAGA